AACUUAUAGGGUAUCUAUGGUGUUGUUGUAUUUUCGUUUAUAAGUUGUCUAUGAUAGAAAGCGUCACGUCGCGAUGGGAACGCAAGGCCAAGGGAGGUUAAGGGUGACUUCAAACCCUGCAAAUUAUUCCCUGGGUCAUCUACACCCAACAAAAACUAAGUCACAUAACAGGAUCCCAUUGUCAAUGAGAAAAAAUGAAAGUCUUAAGCAUCCAGACCUGACUAAAGGACAGAAGCAAUACUUAUGGAGUAUUUGCUCAAUCUACAGUACAGCUCAGAUGAAACAGCUGCUACAAGAUCAGUUUGUUAACCAGCUUUAUUAUGAAAUGAAAAAAGGGAUUAUUCGCUCAGUAGAUUGGUACAAAUACUUGGAUUAUAUUUCGGAUCCAAGUAAAAGAAAGCAACAGUUUAACAGCCUUUCAUCUAGAAGUUGGAGAGCACCCAGGGAUAAAUAUAUGUUCCGGUAUUACCGUGAGCAUCCUGUUGAUCUACCAACACCAAGCUUACCCGGUUUUGUGGAUAACGAAGUUAAGCAUUGGAGCAGAACACCAAAACCACCUCAGCGGCCAAUUCAUUACGUAACAAGAAGACGAAGGAAACAAUUAGAAGCAGGAGAUACAGUGAUAUUUCCAUCUGGAAAAGACACGCAUGAUCUUCCAUCCAGACCGCACACAGUUCUUGGGUAUGCUGCUCCUUCACCAAAAUAUGUGACUUCACCAACUGAAAUAUCUUCAUAUUCGAACACAUUCACUGGGAGUGGAUCAUCCUCGAAUGGGGGAAGUGAGAUCAUCCUGGGAUCAAGUAACAGGAAGCAGGGAGAAGGAUUGACUCGUCCAAAAUCUCGGAUCGGAUCUUCCCAAAGAAGAAUGAUUAAUUUGUAGUUAAAUAGUUUUGAUUCUGCAAAAAAAAAUUAGUUGUUUUUUUUACCUUUUGUGUGCUGUAGUUUCUAUAUAGUAGGUGGGGUAAGAUAUCUAUGUUUUCAUUAUUUUUAUAGUUCCAUUUGGCCGUAGACAAAGAAUAUUUACAAAAUUGUAAUAUUAUUGCAUCCUCAUGACUGUAAAAGCGGUUUGUUUAUUGUUAAAAAUGGGAUAAUGGAAUAUGAGAUAUUUUUAACAGUAUCCAUCUUACCCCACAGUACUAUACUAAUUAUGUAGCUUUUUCUAAGUUUCUUAUAUACCAUAUAUCUGCAUAUUUAUCAGGUAUUAAAUUUUUCCAGAAGCAGACUUGUUUUGUUUGAUUGUAUAUUGUGAGCUUGAGGUUUUAUUACUCGUUGUAACAUUGGUGUUAUGUUACUCACUAUCAUUGUAAGUUUAUGAAUGCUCUCACCGUGUCCACUGUGCCUGGUACAUAUGUAUGUCGUAUAGUUUACCUGUUGUGUAUUGCUUUUAAACAAAGCGUGUUCAAUUCUAUCCAUGUCAUAUAGUCAAAUAAAGUAUUACGUUUCGCGUA